AUGGCUGUAAUCGGUGGUUUUCUUUUCGGUUAUGACACAGGAAUUGUAUCUGGUGCAAUGCUUUAUGUAGCACGAAGCCAAGCGAUGAAACCAUUAACUAAUAACUGGAAGGAACUCAUAGUUGGUAUCACUCCAGGCACUGCAGCGAUCGGAGCUUUGAUAGCUGGUCAAGUUUCUGAUCGAUAUGGACGAAAGAAAACAAUUAUCGCAUCAAGUACCAUAUUUACCACGGGUGGCUUAAUUUGUGGAGCUGCACUAGAAAAAAUUUCAUUAUUCAUAGGCCGAUUUCUUCUUGGAUUCGCGAUUGGAUUAGCAUCAAUGGUUGUACCAAUUUAUCUAGGUGAAGCGUCACCUUCCCAUAUUAGAGGAACACUUAUAACAGGAUUUCAGCUUAUGAUUACCUUUGGUCUUAUGGCUGCCAAUAUUGUAGCUGGUAUAAAAAGUGGAUUUUCAUACAUUGACCCAGAAAAUGUCGGCUGGCGCCUGAUGUUUGGAUUUGCUGCAUUACCAGGAAUAAUUCAAUUCAUAGGCUUUAUGUUUUUGCCUGAGAGUCCUCGCUGGCUAUACGCAAAUAAAAAUAACGAAAAAACAACUUCAGUCUUAGAUCGAAUUUAUAGUGGAAAUAAAGAAUGGAUUGAAUAUGAAUUUGCUGAAAUAUCUGGAUGCGUUGAAAUGGAGAAGAAAUGCAAGGAGGAAAACGGUUCUUCCACAAUUUUGCGAGUUCUUACUACCCCUCAUGUGCGUAAAGCUUUAAUAAUUGGUGUUCUUCUUCAGGCAUUCCAACAGCUUUCUGGUAUCAAUACCAUUAUGUACUACACAGGAACUAUAAUUCAAUCGGCUGGAUUGAAAGAUAUUCGAUUAACAAUAUGGAUAACAGUUGGGAUUUCAGCUGUCAAUUUCUUCUCAACGUUCAUACCAAUGUAUUUCGUAGAAAGAGUGGGACGUCGAAAACUACUUUUUGUCUCAAUAGCAGGGGUUGCAAUUUCCUUAAUCGCAAUGGGCAUAUCUUUUUUGCUUAUCAAUACGGAUUCAGGAUACACUAUACCUCACGAUAAGAUAAUUGUUGAUUCUUCAGUUCAAAAUUACCAAGACUGCAAAUCUUAUAGUAACUGCGAUUAUUGCGUGACAGAUGAAAGGUGCGGAUACUGCCAUAUAACUGAUACUAAAUCUGGUUACUGUCUACCAUUUGAUCUAAUUGAUCAUGACAAAUCAUCAACAGGGCCAUGCAUGGAUAUGAAUAAUAUAACAAAUUUUACUUGGACAAGUUUACACUGUGCUACUCGAUUCACGAUUUUACCAAUCAUUGUAAUGGUCUGCUAUCUGGCAUUCUUUUCAAUUGGCUAUGCGCCAAUGCCUUGGGUACUAAAUGCAGAAUUUUAUCCAUUAUGGGCGCGCAGCACUUGCUGUUCGAUAAGCACGUUCUCUAACUGGUUAUUCAAUCUAAUUAUAUCGUUUACGUUUCUAUCACUCAGUCAAGCAGCGUCUAAAUUCGGAGCUUUCUUUAUCUAUGGUGCUUUAACGUUUAUUGCAUUUGUUAUUUUUUAUAUAAAUGUUCCAGAAACAAAAGGCUAUAAUAUUGAACAAAUUGAGACAUUAUUUAUGCCCAAAAAUAGACAAAAUAUAGUUAAAUCAGUGGAUGAUUUUGGUUAUAUUGGAGAGAAGGAUGAAGAACAUCAGAAAAUAGAUGAAAAACUUUGA